AUGGAUGCGGGAGAUCAAGGCCAAGUGAAUCUGAUGACCGGGAAGCUCUUCAAAGAGUUUGGCGACAUGGUGAAGCGCGUGGCGCGCGAUGACCAGAUCCGCGUGCUGGUGGUGAAAUCGGCCAACGAGCAUUUCUGGUUGGCGCAUUUGGACGUGAACGCCAUUCUGAAUGAGCCAAACCCACCACACGAACGAGGAGAGGUGCUGAAUGAGUGGCAUUCCAACAUGGAGAUUCUCCGGAACAUGCCCAAGGCCACCAUUGCUGUGCUGGCUGGCCGGGUAGGUGGAGGAGGCCAUGAGUUCGCCUUGAACUUUGACAUGAGAUUUGGCCUCUAUGACAAAACCAAGAUUUGUCAAAUGGAAGUUCCUCUGGGCAUCAUCCCCGGCGGCGGCGCGUGUGUGAAUUUGCGGCGGCUUUUGGGCGCCGGGAGAGCCAUGGAGGUCAUUUUGUCUGGAGAUGACAUUGAAGCAGAGCAAGCCGAGCGAUGGGGCUUGCUGAAUCGCUGCUUCAAGGAUCGUGAGCAGCUGGAGGCGCACGUGGCGCGCUUGGCGCAGCGCCUGGCGCAGUGGCCCAGCGAGGCCGUGCGCUGCGCCAAGGCGUCGGUCCUGGCGGCCGAGCGAAUGCCUCACACCGAGGACGGAGUGAUCGGUCCGGGGGCGGCCGAGGAGGGAGUGAUCGGUUCCGGGGAGCGGAUCGGUCCGGGGGGGUGA